GCCCACUCCAGCAAGCAGUUCGUGUCUGUGCGUGUGUGAACAGCCGCAGUAGCGCCCUCCUCCGGCGGCGUUCUGUCCUUGGAAAGGACCAUUCGGCGUCAAACGAAAACACGUGUUUGAGUAAUCUUCGUGCUCUUCCGUGCUACCUUCACAUUCGUUAGUCGCCACGAAAACCAACGUUCAACAUGCGGUACAUGACCAACUGCUGUUGUGGUUGCUGCGACGUUCGGAAAGGAACUAAGAUACUGUCCAUUCUCCACCUGAUCUGCUAUGCGAUCGGACUCAUUGCAUUUGCAGCUCUCGCUGCCUCAUUUAAUACUUUGAAGGAUGCCAUCGACAGGGCUGUGGCAGAACAUGGGAUCAUCGUUGACAGCAGCGUUGACGUCUUCGGCGAUGGCAUGCGGGGCAUCUAUAUUACAACGGCAGUAUUCUUCGCCAUCGGUGUCAUCAUCACAAGCCUAUUGGUCCACGGCGCCUUCAAGUCCAAGCGUAAUUUUAUCUUCCCAUUCCUCGUCUUUGAAGUGAUCAUCCUGGUCUACCAUGCCAUCAACAUAAUCUACAGCAGCGUUAUGUACUCCAGGACCAAUGUGGCAGCCAGCAACAUCGCUCUCAAUAUCGUCGCGGGAAUUAUUGGAGUGUGCUUGCAGGUUUAUUUCUACUUCGUCAUUCUGUCUUUCUACAAGCAAUUGGAAUCCGAAGAACGGGAUCCUCAUCAGACCGUGGCCUAUGCCCCCCCUGGAGGUCCAAUGCCCAACUACUAUACUCCUGGCCAGGGAAAAGUCUGAAACGACAAGCCCCAUCACGAUGCCUCCUUCUGUCAUAGUUCAUGCGUCACUCACACGUUAUUCGUACCUAUAAUUUGCCACGAGGUCAAGCGACCUCUGUUUGGCAGCCACCUCAAUAUUUGCCUUCCUAAAUAGCUGCGAGCCCAAAGAAGUGGGGAAGAGCAAUAGAAAUGUGCAUAUUUUUAUACCUUUCGCUUUGUACGAGAGUAUAGUCCUGUGCAUGUGUGGAGGUGAGGGCUGCUCCUUUUCACCUAACUGCUCUCAAUUUGAUGUCUUGCGGCAUACCAUUCCACACUCAUGCGAAUGUUUGCAGAGUACAUUUAUUAUUGUCAGCUUCAUGUUCAAUAUUAUGGAAUACAUCAUUUCCGAAAGCGUUCGUUUCACACGUAGCUUUCUCAUUUAUGCGUCUUGUUGUUGUUGUUGUUGGACGUUGAUGCAAUGUUUUCAUUUUGUUCCCAUGUUGGUGCACAACAGAAUCGUGCACCCACAUGGCUGACGACUGCAGCUAUGCAGUAUACCUCAGCAGGUUUAGUAAUUAGGAAAAGGCAUUCGGAAAUGUGACACACACAUUGCUUUUCUGGUUCAGAAGGUUUGAAUCGAUCAAUUCCAAUCACAGAUUUCACUUCUAUUUACAAUGAUGAUUUGACAUGUUUGACAACGCGUAGUUUCUUGGGUCCUGCUUUCGUGUUACCAAGUGACCUUGAAAUGACCGGAGUCUCCAUGCUACGCUGAUGACUUCGGAGCAUCAUUAGAAAGGUUGCCAAACCUUCCUGCUUUGUACCUGUUUCUUCAAACGAAUAAAAGAAGUUCGUGAUUAAAACAAAAGGCCUUGA